AAGAUAAACAGCGUGGAGACGGCCGGCUUGAUUGCUGUCAUUCCACAAAGAAACAAAACUGCUUUUGCAGAACGUCUGAUUAAAAAAAAAAAAGUUUGAUAAGGAGAUAAGGGAACCAUGAGGGCGGAAACGGAGCGGGCGCCAAAUGGCGACAACACAACACUCGAGAGACGACCUAAUAUUGUGGUGCUGCAAAACAUGCUGAAGAAAGUUUCCCAAACCCCACUCCAUAAUCAGUACCAGAUGCUUGUUUCGUCUCCCUCCAACUCCAGCGUUUCUCCUAUGGACGAGUGGACACGCAAACAAGAUGGCCUUGCCGACAGUGAGCUGGCACAGAGUGCCUUCAAGACAGACAACAAUCAGUUGCUGCCUGCCUCAGCCCAGAAUGGAGCAGCUUCUGGGUUCCAAACAAGCUCUCCGGAUGUGGCCAGCAGUAACCCUUUUUAUUCGUAUUAUUUGGAAUCCGGGAACAAGUACAACAGUGACAGAGAUAUUGACUUGAAACCCUCACAGGAAGUUCACAUGGAUGGCAUCUCUGUUCCUCAGCCUAAAUUCCAGAGCUCCCCUCUGGAAAAUGGGGCCACAAUGUCGGACUCUCAGAAGGACUUCAUUCAGGCUUUCAGCCAAAACCACAUGCAGGACAACUUCUCGACAUCCCAAAGUGCAUCUUCAAGAGACCAUUACAACAGCGCCAACCUCAACUCAGUCGAUAUCUACAAGGAGAAUUCUCCUGGGAACCUCUACAAGGACCCGCAGUCAUAUAGCUCCAACAUGCAGGAUCUUUCCCAAAAUUCCAGAGAGGAUGGGAAGGUCUUUGAUAAGUCUCCCAGUACCUUAGCGGAUCCAUUCCAGCCUUCUGCUGUAAAGGAAGAGGAUCCAUUCACCACUUCAAAAGCUCCAAUGGGGAACCCCUUUUAUUCUGCCUCCACCAACUUUCAAACAAAUGAGGGAGGAUUCUCUCAUGAUAACAAAUUUGCUUAUUCCGGAUUAUCUGGAUCGGAUCUGGAUGUAUUCUCCACUUCCUCCACUGCAGAGCCAUUCCCCAGCCCAGUAGUGAAAAAUUUAUUUGGAGACGGCGGUAGUGCCAGCGAUUCAUUUGGUGCGAAGACGCCCGAUAGCAAGGACGUUUUUGGAUCGGCCCUCCUGGUCCAACCAAAGUAUUCCAACGCGCCAAACGACAUUGUGCUCACCACACCACAGGGAAGCAAGCAUGGAAUCCUCCAGCCGACCCCCUUUAGUCAGGCCCGGAAACUGAUGGUGUCACCGGACUCUUCACCGACCGAGUUGGAGCCUGUGCAACUCUCCAGGCGUCCACCAAAGCCGCUUCCUCGUUCCAGACCUCCCAGGCUGGAGAAGCCCCCCAAGCCAGCAAAGCCCGUGGAGCCUGAUCCAGCUGGGCCGCCGAAACCUCCUCCAAAACCGUUUAAACCGCUACCCAAGCCGCCCAUUCGCCUCAGAACCAAACCCGAGGACAAUAAAGCGGUCAAGCCGGAGGACUAUGUCGUCUUUGAAGACAUUUUGCUGACGGGACAGGAGAGAUGUGUAGAAGACUGGCCAGAGGACAGUCCUCAGCUCCAGCCCGACUUUAAACCAGCAGGGAAGUUUCGACUCCGACGUGAAUCUCUGAGAGUGAAGAUGGACUCCGAGGAAGGAGGAGGAAGCGGAGAAGAUCAGGAUGAUGCUGGAAGUCAGGGCAAGAAAAAGGAGAGGAAGUUCUCCCUGAUGUCCAGAAGAGGCUCAAAGGACAAACUUCCUGGUGACGACAGUAGCUUGACCUCACCUACUCAACACAAAUCAUCACAGGACUAUUUCUACGAGAUGAACGAGUCACCAGCAGAGAAGGAAGAUGGAGAACAAAGUUGGUCGGACACCAAAAAGCAGCCUCUGAAGAAGAAAGUCAACCAGCUGCUGAGGCGUGCGUCCACCAGCCUCCUCCACAGACACCCGGCUGCUGAAAGCAAGGACAACAACUUAAUGAAGAAAAGGAUGCAAAUGAGAGAGUCCACUGCCAGAUGGUGCUCUCAGGAGGCCAUGUUGGACAACAACAUGAAUGAGGAAGAAGAAAUGGGGCAAGAGGAGGCUGACAGCUACACUAGUAAGGGCAAGAAAAAAAUGAAGUUCAAGUUUGUCUCUACGGAAGAGCAACCCAAGGGGGCUUAUGGUUUCCGCAAUCGCACAGACUCAAAGGAGCAUAUGUUUGAAGAUGUGGACCAGUUAAAAAGUCUUCAUUCCACCAGACAGGGUGGCCUCCUGGACAUGAACGGCGUCACCUCUGCUAGCAUGCCCGCUGGAUUAAAUGACGAAUUAUAUUGGCCAGAGGACUACAAAUCUCAUAAAAAAUCAGGAAAGAAGAAAGGGCUGCACUUGGCUCGCCGCAGCUCCAAGGAGAACAUGCUGAACGCCAGCUUCCCAGAUGACAAGCUGGAUGAUGAAGAGCUGAAUGCAGAUGGCUACAAGCAGAAAAAAAACAAAUUCAAGUCUCCGGUCCCUCCUCUGGUGCCCUUGCGCAAACAAAAGCCGAUCCACAAUUCACCUGAACUGGGGGAGCUAUUCCCACACAGCCAUGCUGAUGCUGCGCAGGCGUCUUGUUCUGACCACUGGCUGGACUCUGGAAAACCAGGCCGGAAUCCCAAAGUAGACUACGACUGCGAAGUGGAUGACCUGGGAAUCUGCAAACCGCAGAAAAAGUUAAAGCGCAAACCAUUUCGAAAGCCCAAAUCGAAGAACAAAGUGUGGGAUGGCGGCAAUGAGGACUCAGCAGGCAACCACAUGUCAGAGGCGGCUCGGGCUGAAUGGAUGGCGGCUGAGAAGGAUGGGUAUGCGGCAACGGGUUUGGAGGACAGCGAGGGCGACGGAGACACGGACAGCUUGAUGGAGUGGUGGCACACAGUGGAACAAUGGGAUGAGCUGCCAUCAGAUGAAGAGGACAAAAGUAAUGAUUCCAAAUCCUUCACUGUCUUGGCCGAAAAGGUUCAGCGAGGCCUGCGCGUCUUCAACAAAGUCUUCACGGAGCGCGCCGAGGUCUUCUGGCAGUACAUCAUCGUACUGCACGCCCUCGCUGACGACAUCAGGAUCUUCCACCAGAAAGCCAAGGCGGCCGGCAUCACUGGUGGCACCACGGCGGCCGUUGGUGGCGUGACGGCCAUCGCCGGCCUGGCCUUGGCCCCGUUCACCUUCGGUGCCUCCCUCAUUGUCACAGCUGUUGGUGUGGGUGUAGCAACCGCUGGAGGGAUCACCACAGCCUCGGCAACCAUCUCGGAUAACGUCAACAACAUGCAGGAGCGCAAGAAGGUGGAGGGUGUGCUGCAGGAAUACGAUCUCCACUUUCAGGACGUGGCCAAGAUUCUUCACUUUGUCAAUCACGGCAUCUACAAACUGCGCGGGCAUCCUUUCCUUCGCUCAGGCACGCAGCACUAUUCCGAGGACUGGGAGGUGCGCAAGGCAGUGCAGAUGAUCAGCCUGGUGGACUCGCCCAUUAUGCAAGCUACGGAGGUCACCGACAGGAACUUGGCCUUGCUCCAAAAAUUUCAAAAUGGCAUUGACAAGUACUUCCUCAAGGAAUCCCAGGGGCUAAAGAAAGGCUGCAAGAAGGAGUUUGUGGCUCAGAUAAAGGAGGUUGCCAAUGUGCUCAAUGAUGGAGUGGUGGAGCUCAACGCCAUCAGGGAAGAGCUACAGAACGCAGUUGGGAACUUUUAAACGUUGGGGAACAGCUGCACCUAGUGGCGGAAAUAUGGAAGUGCUCCGUGAUGGGACGAAAUACUGCAUGAUCACUGAAAGAAACACACUUUGGAUAGCAUGGUGGCCACGUGGUUAGCACAGGGAGGAGAUCGGGAUUCAGAUCUCAUUGUGGAGUUUGCAUGUUCUCACUGCGUGUGUGGAUUUUCUCUUCUACUCUCAGGUUCCUCCGACACACCCCAAGUAUGCAUGUUAGGCUAAUGGGAGACUCUGAAUUGUCAACAGGUGGGAAUGUUUGUCUAUGUGUGUCUUGUAAUUGACUGGCGACCAGUCCAGGGUGUACCCUGCCUCAUGCCUGAAGUCAGCUGGGUUAGGCUCCAGCUUACCCGUGACCCUAAUGAGGACAAGUGGAUGGAGGGAAAUCCACCUUUUUGAAGCUGAAAAAUUGUAGUUGUAAGUUGUCAGACCGCUUACAGUUGUCAUGUAUUUGAUUUACACUUUUCAGCAAACACUAUUGUUUUGUGGGUAAAGUGGUGUGACUCGCACCACAAUGUGGCUUUGGAUUUUUCCACUCUUUUUCACUGUACCAUGAACAAUAAUAGCGCCCAGCAAUCUAAACAACAUACGAUUUGAUUGAACUGAGGAGCAGCAAAGAAAAUAUUUUUUUGUCUUGGAACAUUAUAGUAUUUUUCCAGUAUACAUAAGGUGGCGUUGCAAAUUAUUACUUAUACAUUUGAUAAAAUUGCAUAUUAAAACCAAUGUUAUAUUGCAUGCACAUGUACAGUAUAUACAUUAUGCCAUAGUUUUCUAUAUGUGAAUGUUUUAAAAAUGUAUCUUUUUAAAUUUGCAAGUAUUUUAUUGUAAAAGUGAAUGAUGGAAUAAAGAGU